CAUAUUACUUGCGUUUGUUUUGUUUUGUCCGGAAAAUUAAAAAAUAUUUUUGUUCCAAUGCAUAACAUUUUAAGAUAAUUUUUUUGUAUAAAAAUUUACAGAUGUAAAUUUAGAAUUAAAAUUAUAUCAUAUAAGUUAAAAAUGAUCUUCACAAAAAAGAAAAUGAAGCAAUUUUGUAUGAUUGGAACUUCCUUUGUUUUCGGUAUAUUUCUAUAUAAAUCGCUAGUUAGUUCAGCAAAUACUGGUGAACUUGUUGAACAGGAAAUAAUAGAAAAUAGGAAUAAUCCAAUUAAAAACGAAUUUAGUGAACAUUUAGGUAUAGAUGAAAGUAAAAUUAAGACACUAACUUCUCAUGAAAAUGAAAUCCAAAGCGAAGAACAUAGACUGAGAAAAGAACUUGAGGAAACAAAGACGCGGCUUAAACAAAUUGAAAAUCGAAUAAUGGAAAUGGAAAAAAAUAUACCAAAAAAAUAUCCAGAUGUAAAAUUUCUAAAUUACAAAAACCGGAAAAGGAUUUUGAUAACGGGUGGAGCUGGUUUUGUAGGGUCUCAUUUGGUUGAUCAGUUAAUGAUCCAGGGACACGAAGUAAUUGUGGUAGAUAAUUUUUUUACCGGUCGGAAACGUAAUGUGGAACAUUGGUUAGGUCAUCAAAAUUUUGAAUUAAUUCAUCAUGAUAUAGUUAAUCCAUUAUUCAUAGAAGUUGAUGAAAUUUAUCACUUAGCUAGUCCAGCAUCGCCACCGCAUUACAUGUAUAAUCCUGUCAAAACAAUUAAAACGAAUACACUAGGAACUAUAAAUGUAUUAGGCCUAGCCAAACGUGUUGGUGCUAAGGUUCUAAUUGCAAGUACAUCGGAAGUUUAUGGUGACCCAACCGUUCAUCCGCAACCUGAAACAUAUUGGGGUCAUGUUAACCCUAUAGGACCACGGGCAUGCUACGAUGAAGGGAAACGUGUUUCAGAGACGUUAAGUUAUGCUUAUGCUAAACAAGAAAAAGUGAAUGUUAGAGUUGCAAGAAUUUUCAAUACAUAUGGGCCCAGAAUGCAUAUGAACGAUGGAAGAGUUGUUUCAAAUGUUAUUUUACAAGCAUUACAAAAUGAAACAAUCACUGUAUACGGUAAUGGAAAGCAAACUAGAUCAUUUCAAUACGUAUCCGAUUUAAUUGAUGGCCUAAUAUCACUAAUGGCAUCUAAUUAUACCCAACCCAUCAAUAUUGGAAAUCCGGUUGAACAUACAAUAGAAGAAUUUGCUAUAAUAAUACGGGAUUUGAUUGGUGGAAAAAGUUCAAUAGUGCAAUCGGCAGCUGUUGAAGAUGAUCCUCAAAGACGAAAGCCAGAUAUCACUAGAGCAAAAAGAUAUUUAAAUUGGGAACCGAAAGUACCAUUAAAAGUUGGCUUACAGAAAACUAUUGAAUAUUUCCGAAAUGAAUUAGAUCGAAUAAAAUAUCAGAUAUCUGAUGACCGAAAAAGGUUAAUUACAGGUCUAUGAAAUGAAUUUUCGGUGAUGAAAUUUGGUAAGAUCAGGUUCUAUUAGCACAGGGCGAUAUUUUAUAGAGAGUAAUAUUAUUAUAAAAGAACCAAAUAAAAUUUACUGGUCAUACUUACAUACAUAUGUAUUUAUGUACAUUUAUGCACGGAAUAAUUAAUAAUUAGGAAGUAAAAAAAAAAUCGGGAUAAUAUAAUGUAAUUAAACAACAGUCUUUAAUUUUGUAGGAAAAAUUAAGUAUGUAGUAAAUAGUAUUCAACGCCUCAUAUCUUAAUUAUAAUUUGUUUAUGUAUAUACAUAUCUUAUUUAUCUUUUAUUAUUUAAAAAAAUUAAUGUGCAUAUUAUUACAAAAAUACGUACAAAUUAAAUAUCAAAAUGUUGUUAAUUUAUUGUAACUUAAAUUGUUAACUACAAAGGAAUGAUUAGUUUUAAUUUUUUUUUAUAUUAUAUGUGCUGUUUUUCUUUUUUAUUAUUUUAUUUUAUUUUAUUUAAGUUUUAAAGUAGCAAAAGUUUUGUUAUGAAAUGG